GCCAAGGUAUGGUUUUUAUUAUUUCUUUAUCAUUGUUAUAUUUACUAUCCUUAGCACCACUUUUAGUCUCAUGAUGACAUGAUGUGUUAUGUUUGGUGUGCGUGUGCAUGGGGAAAUUAUGGUAUUAAUGGGAUAUGCAAUAAAGUCCAAAGUAGAGAGAAUGAAAGUAUUUUUUGGGUCAAUAGAGAGAGGGGUCAUGUAUUUCCAUCCUAUUUGGCUUAUUAAAUACUAUACAUGUCCCAAAAUGAACUUUACACUUUCCUUUUCCGUCAGUCCCAAAAUAUACUUCACAUUUUCCUUAUUUUCUUUGCAAUGAAAGGAAAAUGUUGCUCACAUCAUAUCUCUUUCUUCCGAACGAAUUUUAACCAUGCACUUUUAUAAAGCGCCCUGAAGUCAAAACAUGAAAUUUAUUUUGGAAUGGAGAGAGUAUGUUUUUUAGCCUUAUGUGGUAUCAGUUUUAAAUUUAUAUCUGUAAUUAGAGCUAUAAGGUAGAUUAAUUACUCCAAGAUUUUUUCAAGAUUGCACAAUUCCUUCAACCUACAUUUGGAAUCUACGAUCAACUUAAACAAUAUUUUUUUGCCUUAUUAGUUUAGCUCUAAUCAUUGGAGAUGCGUGUACCAAUAGAAGCAUUCAAUGUAUUUCAAUCUAAAAAGCAUGAAAAUAGGAAACACUGAAACAUCAUUUUUUUUUAAAUGUAAGUCGCAGCAGAGCAAGGAAACUUGCUAACACACUAGUUCCAUGAUUAUAAGUACUUCGAAUUAAGUAAUGUAGUAAAAAGAUUGAAAGUUUCAACAUCUCUUUAUCUUGAAGGAUUUCAUCAUACAUGCUUUCUUUGACAUUUUCAUCAAAGAAUACGAAUACAAUUAAUUGUGUCCUUGUUAUGGGAAAAUGAAAUCAGCAGUGCCGAAUUGUUUUUUUGGUAACAACGUUGAAAUGUUUGUGUGAGUUUCUCCAGCGGGAUUUGUGUUCAAAUUGCAAAGUACUGUCCGUUAAGUGUCUAUGUGUUGAAAUAAUGGACUUGGGCCCAAUUCAACCCCAAAAGUUAACUCAAGAGGUUGAGGUACCCAAGCUAUUAAAUAACAGCACAAUAUAAGGCUGCAUAGCCGAUGUGGGAUGAACAAGUCAACACGCCCCCCUCACACGAGGCGCAGAUUACUGCGGGCGCGGUCCCAACGUCAAUGGCUUUGCUCUGAUACCAUGUUGAAAUAAUGGACUUGGGCCCAAUUCAACCCCAAAAGUUAACUCAAGAGGUUGAGGUACCCAAGCUAUUAAAUAACAGCACAAUAUAAGGCUGCAUAGCCGAUGUGGGAUGAACAAGUCAACAUCAUCUUUGAUAUACCACGACACACACACUGAGUAAUGUUGUUUGCAGUAUGUAAUGCAUUUUUUUGGGUGUGUGCAGAGGCUUUUGGCAAAAUAUGGUCAGUUGGCUUCAGUGAUAACCAUUGUGGCUCUGUUUGUGUACCUGGUUUCAACCCCGUCAAGAUCUGGUGCUGCGGCAAAGAAGAAGCGCUAAGCAGUGUAUUGGGGUUGACCUGGGGUGGAGUCAACGCACUCGGGAGUUGGGUACAUCCGGAAUGAAUCUAAUGCACCGAUUUGCGUCUCCUUCUAGUUAGAUAGAGAGGUUGUAAUUCACCAGUUAAAAGUUUACUUCUCAAUUUGUAGAACAAUCAAAGCAUUUUGGGCAUCAGACUUUUCUCUGUUCCGUACUCCUUCAAUGUUUUGUAUUUCUCAUCUUAUUUAACAUCUGUGUGACUAUUGCCUCAAAUAGACAAAUAGACAUCUGUGUAAUUUAUAAGCAUCCCAGACAUUGAUGUCCAUUGAGCCAGAAGAUUGGUUUUGAAUAGGUCGAGUGUUGUAGACUUGUACCAAGUGUUAU